AGCGCGUCCCCGUCUCUAGUCGGCCAUUUUGACUUCAGAAAAAUGUCCUAAUCUUUUCUGCUCACAUUUUGAGGAUCUGAAAGGGACAGCAGUGCUGGAGAGGGCUGCUGGAGGUGACAGCAUAGAAAUCUAUGAAUGUACAGCGAUGCCAACCAAAUAUCAGAUCUCCCCUCUGACACCUUAUAGGGCAGGUCUGAUCAGAGAUCACUGCUGUUAGUCUGACACCCAGAAGUCUUACUGGCACUCUUUCUCUUUUCUCUAUAGGCUGCUGCAGUCAUGUUUUGGAAGUUCGACCUGCACAACAACUCUCAGGUUGAGAAGCUUUUGGAGAAGGAGGAUGUGACCCUGCAAGAGCUUCUGGAUGAAGACGAUGUGCUACAGGAGUGUAAGGCCCAAAAUCAACGCCUGCUCGUCUUCCUCACACAGGACAGCAGCAUGCUGGAGCUCAUCAAUCUCAUUACACACGAGCCACCUACUGACCAGGAGGAGAAACUGCGCUACAAAUACGCUAAUACAGCAUGUGAACUGUUGACGUGCGACGUGUCCCUCAUCAACGAUAGAAUGGGCGGAGACGAAUCUUUGCUCAACACGCUCUAUAACUUCCUAGAGCAGACCCCGCCCAUGAACCCGCUACUGGCCUCAUUCUUCAGUAAGACCAUCGGGAAUCUCAUCAGCCGCAAAACCGAACAGGUGAUCGGUUUCCUAAAGAAGAAGGAAGAUUUUCUCGGACAGGUGUUGAAACACAUGGAUGCGUCAGCCAUGAUGGAUCUGGUGCUGCGUCUCAUCAGCAGUGUAGAGUCGGCUUCUGUCAGACAGGAAGUACUCAGUUGGCUGAAUGAGGAAAAACUGAUUGAGAGGCUCAUUGAACUGAUUCAUCCUCAAUAUGAUGAUCAGAGGCAGUCAAACGCAUCUCAAGCCCUGUGUGACAUCAUCCGUCUGAGCAGAGAUCAGACCGGUCUAAUGCCGGACAACAAUGAGCUCGACCCUCUGCUCACAACACUAGAACUACAACAGAACGUGGAGGCUCUCCUGAAAAACAUGUUUGGAGGUGAGAGGAGUGAAGUCUGUAUCGUGUACGGGACGCUGGUGUUACUGACAUUGUUGGAAACUCGUAGACCAGGUAUAGAGCAGAUCAUUGACCCAUGUUCUCAGGGACUGGAGAAGUCUUACACUGUAAACAACAGCAUAUUAAUGGGAAUCCAACCACAACUAAAACUCUUCCACCAUCUUUUGUUAAACCCACCCAAGAAAUGUGUGAUGUUGACCACUAUGGGUGUCUUAGAGGAGCCGUUCGGCAACGCUCGACUGCAUGCGGUCAGACUUAUGGCUGCUUUGCUGUACACAAGAGCUCCCAGAAUUCACCACGAACUGUGCCGACUCAACAUGAUCAACCUGCUGCUGGACCUGUUUUUUAAAUUCUCCUGGAAUAACUUCUUACAUAUCCAAGUGGAGCACUGUAUCUCAGCCAUCCUUAACCCUACGACACUAAAUGGAAAACUGCCGGAUACUCCGGAUCAGACUGAGAAUCAGCUGGAGAAUUUUCACACGGAGACGCAAACCUCUGACGGAUGUGAUAUGUUCACACACUACGAUCUGAUCAAACAUCUUAUAAAGGACUGCAGGCUGAUUCAGAGGAUCUUAGAUGCCUGGGAAGAAAAUGACAAAACACAGGAAGCUGGAGGCAUGAGAAAGGGGUUCAUGGGUCACCUGACCAGGAUUGCCAAUACAGUGGUACAAAGUGCAGACAAAGAGCCGGAACAGACCCAAAUAACAGGAUUAAUAAAAGAGUUACCCGAGAACUAUAAAGAGCGCUGGGAACAUUUUGUGAAUGAUGCACUAACAGAAACUAACAAGAAGAAUGCAGCAGACCUGGUUUUCUCAGAUUAUCAGAUUCAACAGAUGACUGCAAACUUUGUUGAUCAGUUUGGAAUGAACGAUGAUGAAUUUGGAGAACAUGAUGGCACCAUCAGCGCCACAUUUGAUCGGAUUACAGAGAUAAACUUUAACCUGGUGGAUGAGGGGGCAAGCUCUGCCAUGUUUGAGACUCGUGCAAAAGAGAGAAUUCGCCAGUUUGAUGAGGAGGAGGAGGAAGAUAUUUGGGAAGAUAAAGAAAUCAACUAUGCAACACGCAAACAAGUUAAAGCACGAAGCAGGUUUGGACUGAUGACCAGUGAUCAGAAAAGUGAAGCUGAUGGCGGCUCUCUUAGGCGUUUGGGGUCACCUGACCUGGAGUGGUAUCCAGAAUCAAAACAAACUCCGGAGAACGCCAAAAAUCUGGACAUGGACAAGCAAUGCGGUGGUCCUCAAAGUUCGGGAUGGAUAGCGAGUUUUGAAGAUGACUUCAACUGCCGGGACUUUGCGAGUAUCGCCAUGGAUACGGGAUCCAGCGUGUGGGGCAGCACAACCAAUCCGCUCAGUGAGACGGAGGAGAAAGGAUGGGCGACGUUUGGUGACUUUCAGCCGUUCUGCUGUUCAGAUACAGGACCCAGAUGCAGUUCACCGGUGGACUCUCAAAAUCCAGGCAAACAGAGCCAGACCGAUGAAGUGAAAGGUUCAGCGUGUGUGUGGAGCGUGUGUGGAUCGAGGAAGGCUCCGCUCGUGGCAUCAGACAGCAGCUCCAGUGAUACAGACAGUGAGGAAGAGGAGGACAAAGCCAACAUCAUAGAGACGGUCGCCGUCGGCAAGGCCAAGGAUGCAGUUAAACUCGGUGUGGACGCAAAGAAUGAGAAAGUAUUCAGCAGUGACACUAAUGAUAAAGCAACAGGUGGCAUGGCAACAGAUGUCAUAGCAACAGGAACCAUGACCGGCACUCAGCCGCCCAAGGAGCAGAACAGCAGUCCGAAGUAACGGCAUUUCACAACCCCACCUCUAUAUCCGUGACAACUGUUGCCACACCCGUGAAAUGAUGUUUUUUGCCACCCUUAGCCCCUCCCUUUGGCAUUUAACCCCUUCCUAUUGAUCUGUCAUGUAGUCAUGCAGGUUUUUGUUGACUGGUAAUCUACAUCUACCCCAGUCUUCCCUAACCAAGACUCAUUGGAGUUAAAUUGACCUUUGAACCCUGUGAGAGCAGCCCGUAAGCGUGUGUUUGUUGUUUUGGGACAAGAAUAAGUUGCACAUUGACAUAUGCAUAAACAACAUGCUCGAAAAGAUACAUCUACGGGUGUUAAUAGUGUUAUGUUUUGUUUUUGGAUCAGUGUUUAGCACUAACAAAACUGUGUGUUUGUGUGACUCGAGUGGCUGAUCAAUAUUUCUGUAAGCUUUUGGUUUUAUUUGCACUUUUUAUCAGCCGCACUCCUAACAGUCUCACACACAUGUGUUUUAAAACUAACUAAACUAAUUGAACCCAUUUUUUGAGCAAAUGUGCUUGAUGUACUGUGUUUUCACAUCAACGGGUUAAUUCAGUAUUUUAUUGCUGUUGUUUCAAACCUGUGUGACUUUCAUCUGUGGAACAUAAAAGAUUAUAAGCAAAAUUUUGCGGUCUGGCGGCACCACUUUUAGCAUAGCUUAGCAUAAUUCAUUGAAUCUGAUUAGACCAUUAGCAUCACGCUAAAAAUAACCAAAGAGUUUCAAUAUUUUUCCUAUUUAAAACUUGACUCUUCUGUAGUUACAUCGUGUACUAAGACCGACAGAAAAAUAUGCUAUUGAAAGUUACCAAGAGGACUAUUUUCAGGCAGUGCGUAAUAUCAUAACAUCACACUUUUUAUUUUCUGUCAGUCUUAGUAUACGAUGAAACUACAGAAGAGUCGAGUUUUAAACAGAAAAAAAUAUACAAACUCUUUGGUUAUUUUUUAGCGCAAUGCUAAUCUGAUUAUGCUAAGCUAUGCUAAAAGUGUUACCGCCAGACCCAGAGAUCGACUGAAUGGAUUCCAAAAUAGUUAAAAUCAAACGUUUACACUGCAAAAAAAAUUAUUUUCAAGAAAAAGAUUCUUAGUAUUUUUGUCUUGUUUUCAGUAAAAUUAUCUAAAAAUUCUUAAAUGAAGAUGCUUUUUCUUGAUGAGCAAACGACCCAAGAAAAUAAGUCUAGUUUUUAGACCAAAAAUAUCAAAUUUAAGUGAUUUUUGUGCAUAAACAAGCAAACAAAUAUGGCAAUGGGGUAAGCAAAAAUCGUGAACAUUUUUCUUAAACACUAUAUUUAAAAAAUCUAGAAAAAUUUGCUCACCCCAUUGGCAGAUUUUUUUGCUUUGUUUUAUGCACAAAAUCACUUAAAUGUGGUUUUUUUUUGUCUAAAAA